AUGGAUCUUUCAAAACUUACAAAAAAGACGCUCAAAGUCUCUAGAGGCUUUACCUACACCUACUACUCCGCAGGUGCCCAGGAGGCAAAGCCUACCAUCGCGCUUUUCCACGGUUGGCCCGACUCGGCAAAGGUCUGGGCUGGGUUCGUCAAUGACUACCUACUACCGCAUGGCUACGGCGUUAUCGCCCAGGACUGCCUCGGCUACGGCGAGACCUCCAAGCCCACCGACAUCGAGUCAUACGGAUGGCAGCAUAUAACGACCGACAUCGCCGAGAUCCUUGACGCUGAGAACGUGCCCAAGGUCAUUUCCCUCGGCCACGACUGGGGAAGUGGCCUAGCCCAGAGGCUUUAUCACUUCUAUCCUUCACGGGUACAGGCCCUUGUCAUGGUGAACGCUCCCUAUAUGCCACCAAGUGGAGACUUCGACCUGGACUCGGUGAAUGCCAGAACCCGGGAGGCCUUCGGCAUGGGUCUCUUCGAGUACUGGCACUUCUUCGCCUCGGAAGACGGUCCUGGCAUAAUGAACCGUAACCUUGAAUCUGUAUACAGUGCAUUGUUUGGUGACCCUCACACUUGGCAAAACACAUUUUGUACUCCUGGUGGGAUGCGCAAGUGGAUCAGCGAAGGCCACACACAGCCGACACUACAAUACGCUACGCCCGAGCACAAAGCCGACUUUAUGGACCGCUUCUCUGAGGAAGUUGGAUUCCAGGCAUCGUGUUGUUAUUAUAAGUCAACUGUAUUUGGUGUCCAAAAUAAGGCGGAAAAGCUAGCGGCCGAAGGCACGAUGAUGGUCAACGUGCCAACCCUUUUCUGGGGCGUUGAACAGGACUAUGUGUGCAGGCCCGCCGGACUUCAGCCGAGUAUCCAGGCUGGGCUACUGCCGAAUUUAAAGAUAGUCACAAGAGAGGGUGGACAUUGGGCUCUACUUGAGAAACCAGCUCAAUUUGGCCAGGAUGUGCUGGGCUGGCUGCAAGAGACAUUCUAG